GCGCGGCGGCCGCGGGCGCGGAGGCGCGGAGGCGCUGGGCCGCGAAGGUGGCCGGGAACUGGCGGGAGUUGGAGAGGGCGCCGCUGGAGGUGCGCGCGGACCGCGGCGUCGUGGCCGCCGCCGUGCGCCAAAACGGGCAGGCGCUCAUGCACGCCGCCCACCCGCUCCGAGCGGACCGCCAGCUGGUGCUCGCCGCCAUACGCGACAACCCGUCGGCCCUCGACUUCGCGGCGGAGCAGCCCUGGCGCGACCAGGCCUUCGUGGUCGCGGCGGUCGGGCGCGACGGGGUGGCCCUCGGCCAGGCGUCGCCCGAGCUGCGGGCCGACCCGCAGGUCGCCCUGGCAGCCGUGAGGCAGUCGAGCUCGGCGCUCGACUCGGUGGGCACGGAACUGUGGUCGAGUCGGGACUUCGUGCUGGCGGCGGUGGAGCAGGACGGCUCGACGCUGAUGUUCGCCCAGGAGGCGCUGCAGGGUGACAGCGAGGCGGCGAUGGCCGCCAUUCGUGGCGGCGGCUGCGCAGCCGUGUCGCAUGACGCCACCGCCCUCAUGUACGCGGCCGACGAGCUGCGGGCCGACCACGAGUUCGUCUUCGCCGCCGCAACCAACGGCGCGGCCGCCCUCGCAUAUGCGGCCGAGGGGCUUUCGGAGGACGAGAACUUUGUGCUGUCGGCUGUGCAGGUCGGCGACGAGGCGCUGCUGUACGCCUCGGACGCCCUACGGGCGGACCCAGGGGUGCUGGCGGCCAGGCACAGCGCCGCGGCGUCCGGGUACGUGCCCAGGGAGCUCUGGGCGGACCGCGCCUUCGUGCUCGAGGCGGUGCAGCUCGGCUCGGAGGCCCUCCUGUACGCCACGCACUUCCAGGCUGACGGGGUGAUCGUGGAAGCGGCGGUGCGCGCGGACGCGGCCGCGCUCCUGUACGCGCACCCCUCGCUGCGGCGGGAGCGCAGGCUGCAGAGGCGAGUGGCGCCCGAGCCCUCCGCCGCGGCCUCGGCCACGGCCGCGGCCGCCGCCGCAGGGGCCGCGCGGGCGGCCGCGCCGUCGUGGGCCGAUGACGCGCCGGCGGGGGAGCGGCUGGACCCGUGGGCGCUGCUGGGGCGGCCCGGCGGCUGA